AUGGCAGUGAAGACUCGCUUCUACGUCGACGAUUACCUCGACUCGCUGGAGACAGAAGAAGAAGCUGAUAGCAUGCGAACGUCGCUAACAGCGCUAUUGAGAGACGGGGGCUUCAAACUCACGAAGUGGAGCAGCUCGUCAAGUGACGUGCUUCGAAAGAUCCCGCCAGAAGACAUCAGUGAGACGUCACGCGAUCUCGAUCUCGACAAGUCAGACUGGAGCAAGGCACUUGGAGUGUUCUGGGACGUCAACGCUGACGAAUUCCGCUUCAAAUCCUCUGUCAUGGAUGGUCAACGCACCAAACGAGCCAUCCUCAGUACCGCCUCAACUAUUUUCGACCCGCUGGGCAUGCUCGCGCCUUUCACCGUGCGCGCCAAAUGUAUCCUGCAAAGGAUCUGGAGCAUCGGCUAUGAGUGGGACGAGCUGAUCACGGACUCAGACGUGCUGCAGUCGUGGGAGACCUGGCUGGAUAAGCUCAAAGAGCUCGCAACCUUCACACUGAAGAGAUGCUACCGUCCAGCCGCCGAAGAAGUGGUAGACUGCCAGCUACACAUCUUCUGCGAUGCCUCCGAGCUGGCGUACGGAGCCUGUGCUUACUUUCGCAUCGAGACGAAGGACGGCCGCUUCAGCUGUUCAUUCGUGUUCGCGAAAACCAGAGUAGCUCCUCUCCGACAACUGAGCAUCCCUCGACUCGAGCUACAAGCCGCCGUCAUGGGCGUGCGAAUAGCCGAAACAAUCAAGCGAGAACACGAUAUCAAGAUCGAUUCAACCGUGCUCUGGUCUGAUUCGACAACAGUUCUCCAGUGGCUCCGAAGUGAGAGUAGGCGAUACCACACGUUUGUGGCCAACAGAGUCGCUGAAAUCCAAGACGCUUCGGAUGCAGAGCAGUGGCGACACGUUCCUGGACCAAUGAACCCUGCAGAUAUCUGCAGUCGGGGUUGCCACAUGAAGGAGCUGAGUCAAGGUGCCUGGCUCAAAGGACCCAGCUUCCUCCUGCAGCCACCAGAUGUAUGGCCAGCGGACGCAUCAACGCAGACCAGAAUCACGGAAGAAGACAAAGAAGACAGCCAGCAGAUGGUCUGUGCUGUCGAGAACGACAACAGCGACCUCGACUAUCUCGAAAGACAAUCCGCAUGGCUGCGAGCUCUGCGAAUCACCGCAUGGAUUCGACGAUUUGGCGCAAACUGCCGGCAAGACGCAGGCACCAGACGUCGUGGACCGCUGUCAGCGGCCGAGCUCCAAGAAGCUGAGCGUGUGAUCAUCAAGAAGGCUCAAAGAGAGGAGUUCAGCGCGGAGAUUGAAGCUCUACAGCGAGGCUCGAAGCUCUCCAAAAGUAGCCGUCUGUUGCCACUGACACCGUUCGUCGAUGGCAACGGGCUGCUGCGUGUCGGGGGCCGCCUGGACCGCUCUGAACUGAUGUACGCCGCAAAACAUCAGCUCAUCCUGCCAGCCAAACACGACGUCACUCGUCUCAUCGUCACCGACAAGCACAGAAGACUAGCGCAUGCAGGACCUGAGCACGUUCUCGCCCACCUUCGACAGAGGUACUGGAUCCUGCGAGGUCGAGCUGCAGUAAAACGCUACACUCACCCGUGCAUGGUCUGCAGAAGGCGAGCCGCUGCAGCCAGACCGCAGCUCAUGGCAGAUCUGCCUCAGGCCAGACUAGACGCUUCUACUCCCUGCUUCUCGCACGUUGGAGUAGAUUACUUCGGACCGAUCACAGUGCGAAAGCACCGAAAAACCGAAAAGCGAUAUGGCUGCAUCUUCACCUGCAUGGUUACUCGCGCCGUGCAUUUUGAAGUGUCGUAUUCGCUCGACACCGACUCAUUUAUCAUGGCAGUUCGACGCAUGAUUGCGAGACGAGGCCGACCGAAGCACAUGUACUCAGAUAACGGUACAAAUCUUCGAAGCGGCGAACGAGAGCUGAAACAAUGCCUGCGGCAGUGGAACCAAGCGAAAAUCGCUGACGACCUGUCACAGGAAGACAUCGAGUGGUCGUUCAACCCACCCGGCUCACCUCACUUCGGUGGGGCAUGGGAACGACUCAUCCGCUCAAGCAAAAGAACGCUAGCGGUCAUCCUGGGACAUCGGUCCGUCGAUGAUGAGAUGCUGCUGACCGUGCUCACCGAGGUGGAGGCCAUCAUGAACGGCCGUCCUCUCACACACGUCAGCACCGAUCCAGCCGAUUUGGAAGCACUGACACCAAAUCACUUCCUCAUCGGUCGGGCCUGCCCACAGCUCCCUCCCGGAAUAUUCACCGACGGGGACCUCAGCAGCCGCCGGCGCUGGCGACACGCACAGCGACUGGUCGACCACUUCUGGCAGCGCUGGAAAAAGGAGUACCUGCCGUCCCUCAGCACCCGAAACCGAUGGUCCGAAAGCCAGGAAAAUCUUCAGAUCGGAGACCUGGUGCUCGUCACCGACGACAAUCUGCCGCGCGGACGCUGGCCACUGGCCCGUGUCAUGCAAACGUUUCCCGGCCGUGACGGCAAG